UCCGCGUCGCUGCCGGACGCUAAAGGCUGCUGCACACGGAAGCGGCGGGGAGGAGAGGCCGAAGCCGGAAACGGGCGGCUCGGAGCGGAGUCGGGAGCUUUCUGAAUAGAAGGGAUUUCAAACACAUCAGACAUGCAGAGCACAACGAAUUAUCUCUGGCUCAUCUCCGAUAUACUUGGCCAAGGAGCCACUGCUAAUGUCUAUCGUGGGCGGCAUAAGAAAACCGGUAACCUGUACGCCAUCAAAGUAUUUAACAACAUCAGCUUUCUGCGGCCAAUUGAAGUCCAGAUGCGGGAGUUUGAAAUCCUUCGGAAACUGAACCAUGAGAACAUUGUGAAACUCUUCGCUGUGGAAGAGGAGAAUACCAGUCGAAACAAAGUGCUUGUUAUGGAGUUUUGUUCUUGUGGAAGUCUGUACACUGUUCUGGAAGAGACAGGGAAUGCAUUCGGUCUGCCAGAAACAGAGUUCUUGAUCGUAUUGCGAGAUGUAGUGGCCGGCAUGAACCACCUGCGAGAGAAUGGAAUAGUGCACAGAGACCUCAAACCCGGAAACAUUAUGCGUGUGAUUGGGGAGGACGGGCAGUCCGUUUACAAGCUCACUGACUUUGGUGCUGCCAGGGAACUGGAAGACGAUGAGCAGUUUGUCUCACUUUAUGGAACGGAGGAGUAUUUGCACCCAGAUAUGUAUGAGCGAGCUGUGCUGAGAAAACCUCACCAGAAGACGUACGGAGCAACCGUGGACCUCUGGAGUAUUGGAGUCACGUUUUACCAUGCAGCCACUGGCAGCCUCCCUUUCAGACCAUUUGAAGGACCCCGCAGGAAUAAGGAAGUAAUGUACAGAAUAAUCACAGAGAAACCCCCUGGAACAAUAUCUGGGGUUCAAAAAUCGGAAAAUGGACCAAUAGCCUGGCAUCGUGAAUUACCAAUAUCUUGCAACCUUUCUAGAGGCCUACAGUCCUUGCUGACACCAAUCCUGGCAAACAUCCUUGAAGCUGAUCAGGAGAAGUGCUGGGGCUUUGAUCAGUUUUUCGCAGAAACCAACGACGUUUUGCACCGAAUUGUGAUCCACGUCUUCUCUCUGCAGCAAGUCACAUUGCACAAGAUUUACAUUCAAAGCUACAACAAGGCCCAUGUGUUUUCUGACUUGGUCUAUAAGCAGACUGACAUUGCUCCUGAGCAUCAGGAACUGAUAUAUGAGGGCCGAUCCCUUGAGCUCGAUCCCAACGUACAAACCCAACAUUUCCCCAAAACGUCGGAAGAUAACCCUCUGAUACUUACGAGCAGAGAGGCCGUGAAUAUAAUCGGACUGAUCUUCCAGGAACCUUCCAUUCCAAAGUUGCAUCCUCGUUACGAUUUGGAGCUCGAUGCCUCCUGUACAAAGAAUGUUAAAGGUGUCGUUUGCCAAAUACAGAAAAUAGCCUCCUCGCUGUUGCACCAUCAGGAACUGGUGAGGAAGGGUGUUCGAUGGUUGAUUCGAAUCAUCAUGGACAAUUUUCGUGAGACUUUACACAAGAAGACUGAAGUAAUUCUGAAGCUAAAUUACUGCAUCACCACUGUGGAAAGGGCCAGAAAUCUGUAUAACUGUUUGCUGCAGACAACCAUACUGCCAUCAGAACUGGAUGAAAUUCCAGAAAUACACAACAAGCUUCUCCGUUUGGCAGGUUCUUUGGACUCCAUUGACCACAAUUUGAAGGAUAUCGAGGGUGCAUUUUUACCUGGUAGCCAGCUGUCAGAUCACUGGACAUAUCAAGUUGGGACACAUCCAGAGGACAAAAUCACUGAGAAACUUCAGGUUCUUCUGGACUUGAUAACUGACAUCUAUCAUCAGUUCAAAAAGGACAAAGCAAUGCACAAGCUGCCUUAUAAUGAGGAGCAGAUUCACAAAUUUGAUAAGCAGAAAAUGUGGCUCCAUGCUACAAAAGCCAUGUCCUUGUUCAAAGAUGAAUGUUUUGCAAAGUACCAAACGUUUCUUGACACAGCAGACGACUGGAUGAAGAAGAUGUAUUUUCUGAGAAAGCAGAUGCUGAACGUUGCUAAUCAGUUUGUAAACAUCGAGCAGGAAGUAUUCACCUAUCAAGAGCACAUCAAAAAGCUGCAGGAGCUGCUGCCUCAGAAAUCUCUCAUGGCGACCUCCAGUGACUGGAAGCCUCCCAUGUCCCCGUGUUACCCCAGCCAGAAUACUCUGAUGGAAAUGACCAUUGGAAUGAAGAAGUUGAAGGAAGAGAUGGAAGGAGUUGUUAGGGAGCUUGCGGAGAAUAAUCACAUCCUGGAGAGGUUCGGAGCAUUGACCGUAGAUGGAGGAAUUCAAAGUCCUGAUCGCCUGUAGAUGAGCUGCACGACCACGUGUAGUCCGACUGUGGCCACCACCCUCUGCAGUGUCAGUCCCAGCACCUGCUCUUCAUCUUUGCAUCCUGUAAGGCUGUCAGAUGAGAGUAAUGGAGACUAAUGAGAAGUUAAAUUCCACAAAUAAGAACAAAAUGGGUAAAGAGGAAUAAAAUGCUCUGCAUGCAGUGGAAACAGUGGGCCUCAGAAGGAGACACAAGAAACUGCAGAUGCUGGAGUUUGGAGCAACUAAUAAGUUGCUGGAGGAACUCAGCAGAUUGAGCAGCAUCUCUGUGGGGGGAAGGGAAUUGUCGACGUUUUGGGUCGAAACCCUGCAUCAGAAUCUCAACGUUUUAUUUUUUAUCUUUGUCUUUACCUUGAAGUUUAAUUCUCAUUAGUCCCUACACCCUGUCAUUUGAACAGAGGUGAAAGUCUCUAGUGUCAUUACCUGCUUCCCUGAUGUUGUGCAGGACAUACCAUGCUUUUCGCUGCUACAGAGACACACUAGUACAGUACAAUUUCUUGUUUCCUCCAGUUUGUAACAGCUGCUUACAUUUACUUAGUGUCUGCAGAGGCUGACUUGCCCAAUGCUUUUUGUGGUGGGAGGUACUGGAGCCAAACAAUAACAGCUUGUACUUGAACACGGGAACCACCCAGAGGUGUGUUGUUAAUGAAAAUUUGACCCUGACCCAGGUUAGGAGAUACAGAUCUACAUGUUAGAGAGCUAAGUUUUAAGAAGCAUAAUAAAGCAUCAAGGUUGAGUGGUUUUAGGGAAGGAAUUCCUCUGCUUAGGGCUUUGUUACCUUAAGACGUGUCUGGCAAUACUUCCGAAAUGUCUGAGAGGACACAAUUGUAGGAGCAUGGAGACAGGUUGGACUGGAGGUAGAAUAGGUGAGGGGACCUCAGAGGGAUUUGAAAACAAGGAUAAGAGCUUUAAACUGAAGGUGUUGCUGAACUGAAGCUCGUGUCAGCACAGGACUUGGAAGAGGAGAUGGAACUGGUCAAAAGCAGUGACCAGGAUAUGUGCAGGUCAUACAGCUCUCGACCCCCACCUCUGCCUCUUUCCAAGUAUCCGCAGGGUACCACUUAUCACGGAAGUGACCACCUUGGACUUUCAGGACCAUUUAUAUGGCUGUGACCCUUUUUUUUGCACUUACUUUGCAAGUGUUAUCUUCAGAUAAGCCCUUUGCUGCAGCUGACAAAAAUUAUAUUAAACACAAAACCUAAAUAAUCAGAUUAAAUCACUGGAAUUUAAAGGCUAACUGUGCCUUUGUAAACAAUGUGAAUACAGCCUUUUUUAACUGCAUUUGUGCCUGUAUAUAUUUGUAUAUAUUUCUAUGCAUAACUUGAUGUUUAAAUCUUCUGUUGAACAGAUUUGGCAGUUUGGAUGAAAGAUGCACAGAGCUUAUUUCAAAGUAGGGAAACGACGCUGUUAGCAGAUUUAUAGAAACUGGGAUUAAUUCUCCCAGAUUUGAAAAGCUGUCUAAAUCUCACCCUUCAAAUCAAGUCCCGCUUUUAAGUGAGGGCAGUAAAGCACUUUUCCCUCAUGAAAUUUAGCAAUGAUAUAUAUAUCUUUAAAUCCUAAUGAUCGAGAAUGCAUUCAGUAACUUUGUUUGUCGGACUGCAUUGGUCUUGAAAUUAAACUGGGACAAAAUGGUGGGUAUUCCAAUACAGACUGGAUUUUGAUCUGGAAAUUUGUCAAUCCCUUCUGGCUCAGUGAAGACCUGCUCAGUGAAGACCUGCACAGUGGGUUUCGUUAUACUUUCAACAAGAUAAUGCAAUGGCUGUGUUUUGCAAUCUGUUAUGUCUAUUUGUUGUAUACAAUGUAUAAUGGAAAACCAUUUAUAAAUAUUAAAAAUAUUACCUCUGCAUGUA